CAGUUAGGAGAUGUACAGUAUUGUUUAAGAGAACUAGCCUUAAUGGAUAACCGACCUCCUAAUCAAAUGUUAUCUUCUACUGACCAAGUCAAAUACGACUCUCUAAAAAAGAGAUUAAAAGAUUUAAAAGAAGAAUCCAUUGAUUCAGCUCUACCAGAAAACCCUACUCCACUGGAAAAAGCCAAAUAUAGCAUCUGUCAAAAUAUUCUUCGUUAUCAACGAGAAAAGAAAUUAAGUGAUGAAAAGUUAGCUCAGAUAAUUGAUUUAACCAACUCAGAAACUGAAAAUAUUCUCUAUUGUCGAAUCGAUUACUUUACUUUGGAUAGAUUAGUGGCUUAUGCUAGUCGAUUAUUUGAACCUCUCGAAUUAGAAGUAGUUCAAGCCAAAAACAAAAAAAUAAACCCCCUUAACGCUGCAGCUCGUCGACAAAUUGGCGACAAAGCUACCAAUAAUGUAGUUAGCACAGAAAGCGAUGCUCGAGAGUUAACUCUAGCAAUUAAUGAACAAGAGUUUAAUAAUAAAAAGCAACAUUUUGUGGGUCCAUUCAUAAACGAAUUAAAACAAAAGUUACAAGAUGAACUUAAUAAAUUACAAGCAAUUGAUCCUGUUCACCAAAGGGACAUUGUUGAGAUAGAGGCAGAAAUUAGAAAAGCAGAAACUGAGCGUAAUGAUGCCAUGACUAAUGCUUCCAAGGAAACUGAUCCAGCUAAAAAGGCUCAAUUUAUUGCUACUGCUCAAGCGGCCGAACGAACAAUUAAACAAGCUAAAGCCAGACUUGCCAAGAAUCCUUUAUCUAAACUAGCCCAAUACAGUUAUAUAAAUGAUAUGGGGAGGCUUUUUAGUGGUAAUAUUAGUAAUAAACCAGUAAACCUACCAAGUAAUAAUUCGAUUCCAGAUCCUAGUAACCCAAGAGAAAAACCAAAUGGAGGUAACAAUCCUAAUGGAGGACAAAAUACUUGA